AUGACCGUGGAUUAUGAGAAGGACCCCAGGGCUAAAGAAGCUAUCACCAUUUGGGAAAGAGGUGUAUUGAAGGAAAAGGAUGGGUCAAUGUCUGAUGCGAUAAACUUCUAUAGGAGUGCGUUAAAGAUCCAUGAUAACGUGGAAUUAUUGUACAGAAGAAAGUUGCAUGAUGAAUGGAUUCUACAUAAAAAACUGUCAAGAUUAUCCGUAGUUCCUGAUAAUUCAAAGGAGCAAAAUGAAACAGAUGAAGGUGACUUCCAUGUUGAAGACGAUAGUGAACUUCAGCCUUGUUGGAUUCUGGAGAUUUUACCUAAUGACAUCCUACUGAGAAUUGUUGAAAGGGUAGUAUCAAUAUCUGGUGAAGCAUGGGUAAAUUUAUCGAUGAGUUGUUCCACUUUUAACAAACUCUGCUUCCACAAUUCCAUGCCAUUUAAAACUUUCGCAAGUUAUAUAUAUUCUAAGCAAACUUACGAUGAAAGAGCAAUGGAUCUUAAUGGAAUUACCAACAUAAGUACUUUUGAAAAAGAAAUGUGGCAGGGGGAUGAUAGCCAUAUGUUGAGGGAAAGACCGUAUAUUAAAUUCGAAGGUAUUUAUAUCAGUGUGGUAAAUUAUGUAAGGUACGGGUCCAAUGCAGAAGGUUCACUGUCUCUUUUGAACCCAGUUCAUAUGAUCACUUAUUACAGAUAUCUAAGAUUUUAUGAAAAUGGCCAAUGUUUGAGACUACUUACGACAGAAGAACCCAGUGUUGUUGUGAAACACUUUGGCAAAGAGAACAAGCCUAAACAUAGUCACAUUUGCUAUUGGAGUCUCGGAUUUGAUUAUGAUUUUGGUCAUCUAAAGGUAACAAGAUCAGAUGAAAAAUAUACUUUUAUCGAAGAACUUCAAAUCAAGAACCAAGGUACUAGGAGAUAUCAGCGAUUAAAAUGGCUAAACUCCACUGUUGUGGAUAGAGAAGGGAACGCAUCAAGCUGUUCAUUAAGGAACGAAAAAUCUUUCUUUUUCUCUAGAGUAAAAUCCUUCAAAGGUACAGGUUAA